AUGGGUCACGACAUCAAGCUCGAUCCUGCAAUUGAACGAUGGGCCCAUCUCCGUGAAAACACCCAUCUUUACUUUGGCUGGAACAAGAGAAACACAAGACGCUCCCUCGUUUGGCUCGCCAUUGUUCCCGUUGGUUUGACCGCUUUGGCCUACGCGACCCAGGGCAAGUGGAAUCUUACCGCAUCACAAACCAAGGCUGAAAUGAACAAUCAGAAACCCGAAUCUCAAUAA